CGGCGCCCUACACUCCGCAGCUCACCUGUCACGCCUGUCCGCUCGGACCCACCAUGGCCACCAUUCAGCAGCUGGUAGGAAGAUGGCGCUUAGUGGAGAGCAAAGGCUUUGACGAAUACAUGAAGGAAGUAGGAGUGGGGAUGGCUCUGCGAAAAGUGGGUGCGAUGGCCAAACCAGACUGUAUCAUCACUUCUGAUGGCAAAAACCUCAGCAUAAAAACUGAGAGCACUUUGAAAACAACACAGUUUUCCUGUAAACUGGGAGAGAAGUUUGAAGAGACCACAGCUGAUGGCAGAAAGACUCAGACUGUCUGCAACUUUACAGAUGGUGCAUUGGUUCAACAUCAGGAAUGGGAUGGAAAGGAAAGCACAAUAACAAGAAAACUGGAAGAUGGGAAAUUAGUGGUGGUAUGCGUCAUGAACAAUGUUACCUGUACUCGGGUCUAUGAAAAAGUAGAGUAAAAAUUCCAUCAUCAUUUUGCACAGAAAUUAGCUGCGAGGAUGAACAAGCUCAGUUCAAUGAGCAAAUCUCCAUACUGCUGUUUUUUUUCAUUAUUGCAUUCAAUAAUCUUUAUCACAAACAAUUAAACUAUUUCAAAGUGUUGGUUUAAUUAGGGUCAUCUCUUUGGUUAGUAAAUAAAUCUGUUUGUGCUACACCA